AUGUGGGGGACACCCCUGCACACCGCAGCCUGCCUGGGCCUGGUGGCCGCUGUGGAGGUGCUGCUGUGUCAGGGCGCCAGCAGGACCACCAGGGAUAACGCGGGAUGUACGGUGACUGAGGUCGCACUGGCGGCGGGGCAACACUCGGCGUAUCGAAUCCUGCGAGAGGCGCUAACUUGUGCGGAACUUGUAAUGACGUUGACGCUUGCAAUGGCCCUUGGACGCUGCCCACAAGGCAACCGGCCAUCGUUCAGCGAAGGCGCGCACAGCGAUGCCGGAAUCAAGGCCAUUGCGUCAGACCUUGGUGCUGAUAUCAAGGGCAAGGUUUUGAUUGAUGCGACGAAUCCACUUUCGCCCUAUCCGGGCCUGGAGGUCCGUUGGACUGGAAAGUCAGCUGGCGAGCUCCUGGCCGAGGAGCUGCCCGACACAUUUGUGUACAAGGCCUUCAACACCAUCGGCGCCAAUCUGAUGGCCCAGGGUGACGGCUCCAGUCUCAACGGUCAGCAACUAACUAUGAUGUUCGCGGGGAGCUCCGAAAAUAAGGCGCUGGUCGAGGAGGUCAUUUCGACAACUGGCUUUGAACCCGUGUACCUGGGGUCCAUACGAUACGCCAGGAAUCUUGAGCUCAGAGAAGUGGGGCCGGAACUUCCAUUUUCAGGUCAUUCGCAAGUAGCGAGCAGCUGCGUGGCCGGCGGGGAUGGUACGGAUGUGAAGUCCACGUAAUCUAUCUGGAGAAAAUCGCAUAAUGACUUUUGAACUUGGGCCUUUGAAGCCGCCGCGCUGAGGCGAUCCGUAAGCAUUGAGAGCGGCCCUUUCAGCGGCUAGCUACUAUAAUUGAUACUGAGACCUCGCACAUAUUUGGAAUCCUGAAAUCGUCAGAUCGGUCCUAAUAUGUUUCAUUAUAGAUAUCGGGGACGACUAGGUCGACAAUGGAUCAUUUGAAAAAAACAUAUUGCUUAGAUUGACUGGGAAGACCUUGCGCCUAAGGAUCCUUCAGAUGGCUUAGGCACGUAACAUGGAUGAAUGACCCUACUGCCCGAGGGUAGGCGAUGGUAGGCAGAGACAUGUGUAUGUGGCCAUCAGGCCAUUUGCAGGAAGAAUCUUUUAGCUGUUAGGAAAUUCUUUUGGAAUGUUUGUCUAUUG